AUGGCGAAGUUUUCCAGUCCUUGGUCAGUUCUACCAGUCAUCUUGUUCAUGGGCUCAUCUUCCCUGCUACUGGAAGGGAAGUUGGGAAUUCGAGUAGAACUCGUUCAUUGUGAUUCCCCUAAGAGCCCAUUUUAUAAUCCACAUGAAACUGAUGCUGAUAGAAUAAAACGGAUGAUUGAGGUGGAGGGUCGAUAUUCAGAGCGGGGGAAGAUUCCAUUAGAAUAUGAUUAUUUUUUAUUCCAAUUGAAGUUGGGGGUAGGGGAGCCCAAGAAUGAGCUUUGGUUGAACAUAGACAUAGGAAGCGAUAUAAUGUGGUUAGAUUGCACCACCCCCAAGGAUUGGGCUUCCCCAAAGUUUAAACCAUCACAAUCUUCUUCCUAUAGGGGUAUGGAUUCCAUAGAGGACCUGUGCUAUUCUGUUACAACACCAUCAACUCCAAGGUGCAUCAAUAAGUGUGAUUUCAAGGUUCAAUAUAAAGAUUUGAGCUUUGCUGAUGAAACAGAAAUUAAAGUUCAAAAUAUCGCAUUUGGGUGUGCUUAUAAUGUUAGCCUCGGGGUAGCAUCGGGAAUGAUAGGUUUAGGGGGUGGGCCUAUGUCACUCAUUUCUCAAUUAGCUGAGUUAUCUGAAUUGGAGGAACCGCCUAGGUUGUUUGAGCGGAAAUUCGCUUAUUGCCUUAGGCGAGGAACCAGAGAUAUAUUUUUAGACCGCAUUAAUGGGAAUAAUCAUGCGUACAGGCUUCAUUUAGUGGAAAUUAGUAUCGAUUCUAUCAAGAUCGGGAUUCCCAAUGGUUUAUGUGAUCCAAAGGUAGAAGAUACUGAAAGAUUUUUUACCUAUUCAAGUUUUCCUUUUACUCAUUUGAGUGCAAAAAUAUUCUCCUUAUUGGAGCAAACCCUAACCCAGAGGUUUAAACUCCCUGUGGUUCCUGGUCCUGACUAUAGACGUGAUCUAUGUUAUGCAAUUGAAGAAGAGAACGACAGUCUGCUCGAUCUUCCACAAUUCACCUUCCAUUUUAAGGGAGGGUAUUGGAGAGUAGAGGGGGGAUUCUUGUUUUCGCAGCCUUCAGAGGAUAUGUUGUGCUUGGACAUCAUGAAAGGAGUCUAUCAUUCCUCGCUCGGUCUUAAUGCUCAAAGGAACAAGAUGAUACAAUGUAUUUUAUCUGAAUUGUUCUGGUUCAACUGUCUAAGUGCUUUAUCUGAAUUGAUUGUUUCAAUUUCCACUAAAUAG